GGCAGUCCGCGGACUUCCCAACAUUGGGUCAAUCAACUCCGAUGGAAUCCUCCUGACCAUUGACAUAUAACAGCCGGGAUCCUACGGAGUACUGAGCUUUCUUUCCCGGCUGCUGCUGUCUGAUUGCUUGUCUGCCCCAGGGCAUUGCUCUUUUUACCACGAUCCUUCGGCUAUCGCAUCACCUACACGGGACCACGCUGAACAUGGCCGACGCGCUCUCCACCCUGCGCGAGACCAUCCUCCCCUCCCUGGUCUCCUGGAGAACAUUGGCUCUGGUUCUUGCGCUUCUCAGCUUCAAGAACCUGCCUGGGGUGUGGCACAUCCGCCUAGGCUACCACCUCCUCCUGAACCUCCGCCGCCGUCCCACCGACCCUCCCUUCCCAACCUGUCCCCCUCCCAGCACCACCACGAAAUCGAUCAAAACCCACCCCAUCUUCGCCCCGCACACCCUCACCACACACACCUCCCUCUGGGAAACCGACUACAACUUCCACAAAUCCAACAGCACAUACUUCUCCGACCUGGACAUCUCUCGCACCGCGAUCGUCACCCGCGUCUAUACUCCAGGCAUCACACUGAUCAGCAAACAACUCGACGCGGAACUAUGCCACGUCAGCAAGGAAGAAGGACGGGAGAAUGUGGGAAAGACGUUGUAUAUUGCGCUCGGGUCGACGUUUACGAGUUUUAAGCGCGAGAUUAAGCCGUUUGAGGGGUAUAAGGUGGUGAGUCGCGUGGUGGGGUGGGAUCGGAAGUGGGUUUAUGUGUUGAGUUUGUUUGUGAGUGAGAAGGGGAGGGGGAAGGGGAAUGGGAAGGGGAAGGGGAGGGUGUUUGCGACGGCGGUGAGUAAGUAUGUGGUGAAGAAGGGGUGGUUGACGGUGCAUCCGGAGAGGGUGUUGAGGGCGAGUGGGCUGUAUCCGGAGGGGGCUUCAGAAGAGGGGGAAAUUAAGGAGAAAAGCCAGGAAGAAGAGGGAGAGGACGAAGGAGUGGUGAUGGUAGAAGAGGGAGAGGGAUUGGAAACGCCCGAGGGGAUUAAAGAGGGCGUUGCGGUAGAUGGCGGGGUGGUGGGAGAGGUAUUGGAGAAGGUCACACAUGGGAACGAUACAUGGGAUCGAAAUGACUGGACAUGGGAGCAGAUCGAGGAAGAACGGCUACGGGGAUUAAAGGUUGUAGAGGGAUACGUGGGCUUAGACGAGAAGUUGUUAGCCGAGUGGGAGGGUUGAUACUACACCCUCUACUUCUUUCAUUUAGACUGUAAAUAGGUAUAAAUUGCUUAGAUUUUAGUAUAUAAUACCUUCCACUUUCCAUACCUCACUCUA